AUGUCCUCACUGCAACACUCACGCUCUCAGCUUGAAGUAAAGCUGACAGAAGGUGAAGACAGACGUCUCCUCCUCAUCAUCUGUUGCUCUCAGACCCCUGAAGCAGUCACAGUGAUGUUCGGCUACCUUGGGCAGUUCCUGGUGAGUCCUCGUGGUGUAUCCUGGUCUGACCCUCCAGAGAACCCCAGAAAGACAAGUGACCUGGUGCCUUCAACACUGACCUGUCCUUACAACCAGUGCUACUCAUAUGUUGCACAAGCCUUCAAGUCAAAAGGGAAGCUGACAAGUGAAAAAGACCACAAACUUCAGACUCCCACACCACCACAUGAGAAUGGCUCAGGCUUCCUGGACGUGACGGUGACUCAAACUCCAGUACAGACGUUUACUCCAGGGUCCACUGUUACCCUGACCUGCAACACACACCCAAAUGUUCGCAGAUGGGCCGAUGGAGACAGCAGGGUAAACUGGUAUCAGCAGAAACCUGGACAAGUUCCUAAGUUAGUCAUUAAAUUGGGUCAAAAUGCUGUAAGUGAGUUUUCUCCUCGAUUCUCUGGGAGAGGAGACGGAGCGAUGGCUGAGAUGAGCAUCAGUGGAGCUCAGGAGCAAGAUGCAGCAGUUUAUUAUUGUCAGGCUGUUCAUGAAAUUAACAGCGUCUGGACCAGGACGUUUGGUGGAGGAACCAAACUCAUCGUUGACUUGGGUGUGGUGCAGCCCACCCUGACCGUCCUCCCCCCCUCCAAAGAGCAGCAGCAGAGCAGUGUCACUCUGGUGUGUCUGGCCCAAGGGGGCUUCCCCUCAACCUGGAGGCUGGGCUGGAAGGUGGGGGGCAGCAGCAGGUCCUCAGGGGUGUCGAACAGCCUGGAGGUCCUGGGGAGGGACGGCCUCUACAGCUGGAGCAGCACCCUGAGCCUCCCUGCAGAGCAGUGGAGGGAGGCGGGCUCAGUGAGCUGUGAGGCCAAUCAGGAUGGACGGAGUCCUGUCACUCAAAGCCUGGACCCUGACAGCUGCUCACACUAGAACUUCAGCAGAACUUCACGUCUUGGAAAUGAUAGAUUUUCAUAAAA